CACACACACACACACAUAUACACCAACACGCUCACACAUAUGCUUACUCCAAAGCCACAAUGCCAGAUUAAUAGAAGAGUAAGACAAUCUCUCCUGGGUGACGCUCAAUGUCGAAGGAGAAGAGUCGAACUUCGAAAGUCAUCGACGAGGGAGGUCGGAGAGCAACGAGAGAGAGAGAGAGAGAGAGAGAGAGACAUGAAGAGAUAAAGGAAGAUGUGAACGGCGACAGAGAGAAAGAGGCGGAAGCAGAAAAGAGUAUGUGUGCAAGUCAAGAGACAGAAAGAGACCACAAGUAGGAAGACGGAGAGAGUUUGGUGGAUUAUUUUGCAUCUGAGUCGCUGGUCGUCUGGACAAAAACCACAAGGAGCUUUUUCUACCGGGACCGGGACGCCUCGGCUAGGAUUUAAAAAAAAAAAAAAAGGAAGAAACAUCUGAAGAUUACUCAUUUCAUGGCCUCCAACAGCAUCUUUGAGUCUCUGUCGUCCUACCAGUCAGCUUUCAGACGAGACCCAGCCCCGGGCCGGCGCUACACCCCUCCCUCCACCGCCCUGGCCUCGGGUGGCAAGAUGGCCGAGGCCCUGCCUCUGGGCACCCAGGAGGCCGGAGGGGCGGCUCUGGUGGGCAAACUGCGCGUGGCCGAGCGCGGCGGGAUGGUGGAGGUGAUCUCGGAUCAUCCGGGCGAGCUGGUGAAGACGGACAGUCCCAACUUCCUGUGCUCGGUGCUGCCCACUCACUGGAGGUGCAACAAGACGCUGCCCAUCGCUUUUAAGGUGGUUGCCCUGGGCGACACCCCCGACGGCACCCUGGUAACGGUGAUGGCGGGAAACGACGAGAACUACUCGGCCGAGCUUCGCAACGCCACCGCCGCCAUCAAGAACCAAGUGGCCCGAUUCAACGACCUGCGCUUUGUCGGCCGCAGCGGAAGAGGGAAGAGUUUCACUCUGACCAUCACUGUGUUCACCAACCCUCCUCAGGUGGCCACGUACCAGAGAGCCAUUAAGAUCACAGUGGACGGCCCGAGAGAGCCACGACGUCACCGUCAGAAGAUGGACGAGGUCAAACCGGGCUCCCUGGCUUUCUCCGAGAGGCUAUCAGAGCUGGAGCAGCUGAGACGGAGCUCCAUGAGGGUGACGCCUCCCCACCACCAUCACCACCAGCACUCGGCCAACACACGCCAAUCGGCGGCGCUCAACUCGGCCGCCUUCUCCAGCCCUACGCACGCUCAGAUAACUGCUGACUCCAGACAGAUGCAGCCGUCUCCGUCCUGGUCCUACGACCAGUCCUACCCCUACCUUGGCCAGAUAGCCACGCCCAGCGUCCACGCGGCCAACCCCCUUUCUCCCGGCCGCUCGGCGCUCAGCGACUUGUCGUCGCGGCUCACGGGUCCCGACCUCACGGCCUUCGGCGACCCCAGGAUGACCUUAGAGCGGCCCUUCACCUCCCUCCCGUCCUUGCCGGACUCUCGCUUCUCCGACCACCGGGUCCACUACCCUCCCACGGCGGCCGCCUUCACCUACGCGCCCUCGCACAACGCCGUCUCCAACGGCGCGCUGGGCAUCACCAUGGCGACAGCCAUGGCGUCCACCCCGGCGGGGCGGUACCACACCUACCUGCCUCCGCCCUACCCGGCCAACACCCCGCACCAGGCUCAGAACGGGCCCUUCCAGUCCACCUCCUCGCCGUACCACCUGUACUACUCCGCCGCCGCCGGCUCCUACCAGUUCUCCAUGAUGGCCGGCGGCGGCGGGGGGGGAGGAGGCAGCAGCGACUCGCGCUCCCCGCCGAGGAUCCUGCCGCCGUGCACCAACGCCUCCACAGGCUCCUCCCUCCUGCACCCCUCUUUGCCCAAUCAGAAUGAAGGCGUGGGCGUGGAGGUGGAGUCGAGCCACAGUAGCUCCCCGACAAACAUGGCAGCUGCUGAAGCAGUCUGGAGACCUUACUGAACCAGGAUGGGCGGGUUUGAGGCCUGGUCAUGUGACGGCAGACAGCAACACACACGCUCUCGGCUCAUUGGUUACUACUGAAAAUGCGUCAUUCAUCUCUUCUUUCUUUCUGUUUCUCAAAAACACAGCAGGUCACUGUAGUUUUAGCAUUUCUUCAGGACUAUUUUCAGCGGCAGAUUAAUCCACAAUCGGUGCUCUGGUGUGUGUGUGUGUGUGUGUGUGUGUGUGUGUGUGUGUGUGUGUGUGUGUGUGUGUGUGGUACCGAGUCAAAAGAAACAACAGGUUAAUGGUUUUAACGGCUCAGAUAUCAGGUGUCGACACACACACACGUGUUAAAUGUCACCUGACUCUUAACUUAUAUCGGAGCGCUUCUUCUUCUUCUUCUUCUUCUAUCGAUCAACGAGCAGAAUGACUGACAGGUGCAUUAUCCAGCAGACAGCAGCGAGUCCACGCCUCAAACACCUCACUCUCAGGACAUAGAGAAGAAGAACGGGAGAGAAGAUGUAGUCUGGACAGACAAACAGAGAGAAACAUUGUGAAUAACGAGACGCCGUCCUCAUAAAUGUCGUCGGCUGUUGUGUAUAUUUCUUUUUUUUUUGUUGCUCACGCUCACGCCAAAUACAUAUUUCUCUCAAACUGAGGCCAUCAUCUCCUGAAGAAAUGAAAAGAAACACGACGGCUUCGCAGCGGUCGAAUAAGUUCAUUGAUUACAUAUUUAUUAUUACGGAUUCUGAGACGUUUCUGAUCAGAUUUCUACAAACACGGUGAGGAACCAUUACAGCAUGGAGUUUUGUAAAAUGCUUUAAUUUAUUUUUGCAAUACCAAUUUUAGUAGCAUUUCGUGUGUGUGUGUGUGUGUGUGUGUGUGUGUGUGUGUUGUACUGUAUAUAACCAGGGCUGUAAAUGACACCUGCAUUUCAUCAUGUUUCCAUCACUCCUUCCUUCCUCUCUCUCUCUUUAUCUCUCUCUCUCUCUCACACACACACACACACACACACACACACACACACACACACACACAAUCAUUUUUGUUAUGGCAUUGCUGAUAGUGCACAUUUUGUUUUUGAUUUCUAUAAACAUUCUUGA